CCUCAGUAGCGGCGGCAGCUCGCUGCGUGAGGUUGAGCCCGUCCGCCGGUGCGGUGUCGUGCGGUUCCCUGCCCCAACAUGCGUCUCUCCUCGCGGACAUGGGACUCAUCCGCUCCGGGUGGAAACUAACCGCCGGCUCCGCCGCUGCUCCCGUCCGCGUUCUGGUCUCCGUCAGCCGGGGAAACCCUGCAGCGGGAGUCUGAGCACCCCCCCUCAUUUUUUUUCCUUUUUUAAAUCACCCCUUGAAUUGAUUUUGCUGUCGCCUCCUUUAUGGACCCCAGAAGCUCGGAGUGACGCUGCCCGUACUUUGCGUUCACACGGCUGAAGAUGGAGACAGUGAUGGAGAGGGAGUGCAGCGCGCUGGGGGGGCUCUUCCAGACUGUCAUAGGAGACAUGAAGGGCAGUUACCCCGUCUGGGACGACUUCAUCAGCAAGGCCAGCAAACUACAGUCACAGCUCAGGACGACGGUUGUGGCAGUAGCAGCCUUCCUGGACGCCUUCCAGAAGGUGGCCGACCUGGCAACCAACAGCCGAGGAGGGACAAGGGACAUCGGUUCAGCUCUCACCAGGAUGUGCAUGAGGCACCGCAGCAUCGAAGCCAAACUCCGCCAGUUCUCAAUGGUGUUUCUGGACUGUCUGAUCAACCCUCUACAGGAGCAGAUGGAGGAGUGGAAGCGAGUAGCCAACACUCUGGACAAAGACCACGCCAAGGAGUAUAAGAAGGCCCGUCAGGAGAUCAAGAAGAGAUCUUCAGACACCCUGAAGCUGCAGAAGAAGGCAAAGAAAGCUGAUGUGUUUGGCCGUGGAGACCUCCAGCCUCAGCUGGACAGCGCCAUGCAGGACGUCAGCGAUAAGUACCUGCUGCUGGAGGAGACCGAGAAGCAGGCGGUGAGGAAGGCACUGGUGGAGGAGAGGAGUCGCUUCUGCUGCUUCGUCUCCAUGCUGAGGCCUGUUGUGGAGGAGGAGAUGUCCAUGCUGGGGGAGAUCACUCACCUCCAGACUCUGACGGACGACCUGAAGGCGCUAACUAUGGACCCCCACAAGCUGCCCGCCUCCAGCGAGCAGGUCAUCGUAGACCUGAAGGGCUCAGAGUGCACCUGGUCCUACCAAACUCCGCCCUCGUCGCCGAGCACCACCGUGUCCAGGAAGUCCAGCAUGUGCAGCAGCCUGAACAGCGUGAACAGCAGCGACUCUCGCUCCAGCGGCUCACACUGCCACUCCCCCACCUCCCAUUUCCGCUACCGUGCCUCCUCCUCUUCCUCCUCCUCAGUGCUCCCCCAGCAGACGCCGGCCCGCCUCUCUUCGGUCUCCUCCCACGACUCCGGCUUCAUCUCCCAGGACGCCUUCCAGUCCAAAUCCCCUUCACCCAUGCCUCCGGAGACCUCGCAGUUCUCAAAUGGUUUUGACCAUCACGCUGCCCUCUGUCCGCAUGGAGCGGUACUGCAGGCCCGGGACACCCACCUCCACCCUCCAUACUUCACCUACUCCUCCACCAGCACCACCAUCACUUCUCCCAUCUCCUCGCCCUCCUAUUCGCCCGUUUCUCCCCCAUGGCCAUGGUCUCGUUCAGGCUCCGGCCAAUCAGGAGAGCUCCCGCCGCUCAGCCCCUCGGGGCUCGGAAUGAUCCCGUCGUCCAGAAUCCCAUCCUGGAAGGACUGGGCCAAACCAGGCCCAUAUGACCAGCCAAUGGUCAACACCCUGAAGAGGAGCAAGGAGAGGAGAGAUACUACAGAUCCCAGCAGCCACCAGAGCGCCGAUGUCACUACACCGGGGGAGGAGCCACAAGGAGUUAAAGGAGGCCACUCUGUGAUGUCGCCCAAGGAGGACAGGGAGGCCCACGAGGAGCUGGCCAGAGCGCUGGCCCGAGGCCUCCAGCUGGACAUCCACGGCUCCAGCAGAGACUCGCUGCAGGGCUCCAGUGGCUACAGCAGCCAGACCAACACCCCCUGUUGCUCAGAGGACACCAUCCCCUCACAAGUAUCAGACUGUGACUACUACACUGUUGGGGUGGACCCGGAAGGCGAGCAGCAGUCGUCAGACUUCGAUAAAUCCUCCACCAUCCCCAGAAACAGUGACAUCAGUCAGUCCUACCGCCGCAUGUUUCAGUCCAAGCGCCCUGCUUCCACUGCUGGCCUGCCCUCCAACCCCUCCGCUGUAAUCACCCCCGGAGUUGCCACCAUCCGACGGACACCGUCCUCCAAACCUAACCUGCGGCGACCCUCCGGGGGCCUCAGCCUAGGCCCCAUCCCCAUCAAGCCCCCCAUGAUUCCAGUCAAGACCCCCACUGUGCCUGAACAUCCUGGUUUCCCCAGCAGAGCAGUGUCGGAGGACGGCAACACACCACGGACCCCACUCAGCCCCUCGACCAUCCCUUUGUCACCAUGUAGCGGUGGGCCGUUGUCACCGUUGUCACCAAAGACCCGUCCCUGUGACACCCAGCGCCUGUGCAAGGGGUCCGAUCCUCCAACACCACCGCCGCAGCCCGGUGGGCGGGUGUCAGAGUGGGAGCGCCGGCCUCUCCCAGAGCUCCUGGAGGAGACAGAGUAUGGCGAGGUGGAGGACUUUCUGGUGGCUAUCCGACGAGGCGUCAAGCUCAAGAAGACGACGACUAACGACCGAUCAGCGCCCAAUAUUCACUGAGAGGAGGGUUGGUUUGACCUGAGCCAUUUUGCGUCCCUGGAUGAAUUUCAGUAAAUAUACUCUUGAAGGGGCACAAAAUGGUUCCUGCUAAGUACGUGCCAAUGGGAACUAUGGCAUCAAAUGAAUGCCAAGAAUAAGAGGAAGUUGCCCGGAGACUGUGAUCAAGAAUUGGUUUGGAAAAGUCCCCAAAAAUUGUUGAGGGGAUAUUUCAUUUUGGUGUCACGAGUUAAUUUCAGCAAUGUUAAAUUUUGAUUUAAAAAGGUAACAACUCUGCACCUUCACUGUUUGGCCAAAGAGUAAUUAUUAAUUAAAUGAUGGGUGUUUCAUUUCUGAAACAAACAAAACUGCCUAUAGGAACCGAUGUAGCUCACAGAGUUUACAUAUGCAAAUGCCUUCUCUUAAGUGAUUCAAACUUCUGUGUGUAAAAGCUAGAACUUUGUUUAAAAAUAACAAAUCUGAACCAAAAUGAAAUAUCCAUCCAGAAUAUAAACCUUUUGUUAAGUAUCAGUCAGAAAGUGGAUUUGUUCAGGCCAAGAAUUUCUCCACCGUGCCAAAUUUUGUUGCUUGGGAAAUAAAAAAAAAUAAAUAAAAAAAAACUACCUGAAGCACUUCUCCCUAUAAAAAGAAACCCACAGCCUCUUGGAAGUUAAAAACUAUCAGUAUUGCACUUGAAUAAUCCAAGUUAAGUUCCCCUCAGAGGUUGUGACUGGGAACACCGACGCUGAUCCAUGAUCAUUUCCUCGGGGCAACUUCGGUAUUAGAUGCGAAACGAGAGCGAGAGAGAGAGAG